GAACGAUCAAACAGCUUCUUCCUCACUCCCAACUCAUCUCCGACUGUUUGAGUCUCCUCUCACAAUGUCGUUUGUCAUUCGCCGAAGUGUUUCAACCUUGGUCCCCCCGAAGGUUGCAAACCCUCAGGGACUCGGAGCCGCAAAAGAUGCCAUCCGCAUGGCUCGGAUAGUCAAGUUCUACGAAAAACUACCAAAGGGACCGGCCCCCAAGAGAGAAGCCACUGGUCUGUUGGGACGCUACCAAGCCAAGUACUUCGGCGAGAACCCAUCAGCAGCGCCAAUCUGGCAUGCUAUUUUCGGUAUCAUGGCUGUGGGUUACAGCAUGGAAUACUACUUCCAUCUGAGACACCACAAGAACAACGCCCAUUAAGAUGAAUUCGAUUGCGUCGGGUGAUUGAACAAGAGUGUACAUAAACCGAAAUAAACUAUGCCUCCAAGAACUGGCGUCCAAUAUGAUUCAACCAUCAAAAAAACAGUGGAAUGCGGAACCUUUCCUGCUUUGAACCUAUGUGACCUUCGCUGCAUAUUGAUGCUUUCAUGGGAACACAGUGCAAUGAAAUUAUCAUGGCUGCCCCCAAGACUACUAUUAUAUCUGUUGCAGAAAUGCCAUGCGUUCCCAGCAAUGGCCAUUCA